AUGCAAAGAGUACUAGUGUACUAGAUUUUGUUUAUUUGUAAUGAUUUAUCUCAAAUCAUUCGAUCUAUACAUAAUUGGUACACAAGAUUUAAGUUAAAAUAAAUUGGUUUAGAUGUUGGUGGUUCAAGAAUCACAUGUAUAUCUGAGACUAAGAAUAUUCCUUAGGAUGAUUCAGCUAUAAAGUCUCUUUUUGAAUUUGUGCUCUACUAAUUUGAGAAAAGUAAUAAAAAUAUUGUAAACAUUUACUUUGUCUACGUAAUAUUCGAACCUGGAAUUCAUUAAUUCUUAAUAUGUAUUACGGAUUACAGAAAUGUUCCAUCCUUGAUCUGA